AUGUUGAUAUCGGCGGGCAACGGCCCCACACCCGAGUUCUCUCCCGCCUCGUGCUGCGCGUCCUGGAAGAUGGAACCGGCGCCUCCAGCGGCUGCAGCCAUCACACAGCCGCUUAACAUUUCACCAAACGUGCCUGUGUCCCCUUCCUCGUCGGGUGGCGGUUCAGGGACCCCUUUGUACCCUGGAGCUACAUCUCACCCGUUGUCUUCUCUGCUGUCGCAACAGAGGCUGCUCGAGCUGUCCCGCUUCGGCUUGCGGCACUACGACAUCGCGCAUCAUGUCUUGUCCCAGCAAGGUGCUGUUACCAAGCUGCUUGGUACACUUCGACCUCCGGGGCUCAUUGGCGGGAGCAAGCCUAAAGUUGCUACACCGGCGGUUGUUUCGAAGAUAGAGCAAUAUAAACGCGAAAAUCCAACAAUUUUUGCGUGGGAGAUUCGCGAAAGACUCAUUUCUGAAGGCGUUUGUACCAACGCAACCGCACCGAGUGUGUCGUCAAUCAAUCGGAUACUCAGAAAUCGAGCGGCCGAGCGAGCUGCUGCAGAAUUUGCGCGUGCGGCGGGCUAUGGCCUGUACGCUGCUCCACCACCGUAUGGUGGGUUCCCAUGGGCGGGGGGUGGCGUAUGGCCUCCUGGAAGUCUAUCGCUUCCACCAGGAGUUCCAGCGCCCGCUGUUGGAGUGCCACAUCCAGAUGCCAUGAAGCAAGGCUUUCUAGGAUCUUCAGGUCGUGGACUUAUAGAUGUGGACGGUGAUGACUCUGGGUCACUGGAUGGAGAGCAGCCCAAAUUUAGAAGAAACCGUACCACCUUUAGUCCCGAUCAGUUGGAAGAAUUAGAAAAAGAAUUUGAAAAGUCUCACUAUCCUUGUGUAUCCACACGAGAACGUUUAGCUUCUAAGACUUCUCUAUCGGAAGCUCGAGUUCAGGUUUGGUUUUCCAACAGACGAGCCAAGUGGAGGCGCCACCAGCGCAUGAACCUCCUCAAGCGCGGUGGCGGCUCUCCCUCGCACCGCCUGCCCCAUUCCCCCUCCCGCUCCCGUUCCCGUUCUUUGUCCCCCGCGCGCGUUCCCUACCACGCUCCUCAGAUGGGCGGUGAAAACAGCGCUUUUAAGGCUCUAGCGCAUCAGGACACUAGUGCUCUCAAAGCCCUCUCGCAACAAGCACAAUUCGAAACCAAUGCUCUGAAAGCGUUGCAGCAGACACCAUUCGACGGUAGUGCCUUUAAACCUCAUCCUGCUUUAGAAAACAGCGCGUUCAAAGCGCUAGUGCCUAACUCAGCUGCGGCGGCGCUAUUAGCCGCACAAUCGAUACAAUUAGCGCGCGGAUACGAAUCUCAUUCGGACUCAGACGAAGAAAUAAAUGUUCACGACGAGAGUGAAGACGAGGCCGAAAAACAGAUCAGUAAGACUAGAUCUAGAUCUCCGAGCCCCAGUAGGCAAAGAAUGGCUUCUAACGAUUUGCCUUUACAGUUAACGAAACAUGACCGCUGA